UUUUCGAAGCUGAAAUGGAAAAAACGCCCGAGUUUAAGAUUUAAGGUUUUGUAGGUCCCAGGUGACAAUACAAUUUUUGUGUCUAUAUUCACAAGCUUAUACACACUCUUCAGAACUCAAUUGCCACCUCCGUUUGCUUCUCCGAUUGAAAAUGUCGACGACCCACGAGCCUGUCACCCCCGGAAAUGCCGCUACAUCGCUUUCUCCGCCGCUCUCUCACCCGCCACCGGACGCCGAGUACGAUGAACUAGUGCAAAAUCAAGAACUCUUUCGUGAAAAGCUCGAAAAGUUUCAUCAAUUCAAGCGUACCAAAAUUAAAAUUCCUACCAUUGGUGGAAGACCACUAGAUUUGCAUCGCCUUUUUGUGGAGGUUACAGGCCGAGGUGGCAUGGACAAGGUCAUAAACGAUCGCAAAUGGAAAGAAGUCUUCCAGGGCUUCAAUUGCCCAACUACGAUAACAGGGGCAUCUUAUGCCUUGAGAAGCCACUAUCAGUCAUUACUAUAUGAUUUUGAGCAGGUUUAUUACUUCCGGAACAGUGCACCUUCAGUCAUAGAUAAUGAUUCUGCAAGCACAAUCGUCAAUGGCUCUUCAGCUCUAAGUCUUUUUGAGGACAGUGCUAGUAUGCAUCCUCUCCCUUCAGGUAGUUCUAUCAUGGAACCUGGCAGCCUACUGAAUGGAAUGCUUGUUGCAAAAUGUGAGCUUGGAUAUAUGGUUACUGUAGAUGUGGGUCGUGAGCAGUGGAAGGGUAUCUUAUAUCACAACCCUUCAGGAUCAGAAUCGCUUAAUGAUUCCGACCAAAAUCACACAGUUAUAUGUAGAAGCCAGAAUGAAUUGUGGGAUCCUGCCAGGUUCGAAGAAAAUGGUGUUGGUUAUAAAUACUUCCAUGCCGAGAUUUGGGAGAAGCUGAAGCGCUUUUACGGCAAUGAAGAGGAUGGCAUGAACAAGAAAAUUUGGCUCAUAUGGAACAGAAAAUCAGAGGCUGAAAAACAGGUCUAUCACAUGAAGGGGUGAGAAAGGAGUAUACAACAGGGGCAUGCACUUUAGAUUUUCCAGCAGUAGAAAAGUUCGAUCAGCACAGAGACUAGAUAGUAUAUGGCAUUAGAUGUAUAGCCCCGAAGGGCAUGCAACCUAGAUUUCUUUCUAUUUCUGAUAUCUGUUUGUGUCAUUAGAUACUCUUUUCUUCUUCUUCUUCUUCUUUUUUUUCCUUUUCUGGGUAGCCUUGUCUUGUACAUGCUACUUUCUGAAUCAGUCUCAGUAAAAACCAAAGAAGUUGCUAUAUUAGUCAAGGUUAUACUAGUAACCUGUUGAUCUUCUAAUCCUCUGGGGUAAAACUCAAUGGCUAGAGAUAGAAACUUAACCUUGUGGUUCUAUGAAAACUUGAGAAACUGAUUGUAGCUCCAGUUUAGUUU